GCAUGGGCACUGAAUCUGCAGACCCAAACAGAGAGGAACCCUAUCUGUACCGAGGGAGAAUCAAAUAUUCCCCGGAGGAAGACGCGAGACUGGAAAGACAACAUUUCUGGAAAAUUAUCAACGCAUUUAGAUAUUACAGGGAGAGGAAAAAAAAGAGAGGCUGGUGAGGGAACAACUGUUCAUAGCUGCUAUAAAGACCCAUGUUGAGGAGCGGUUGAAACGGUGCGAGAGGCAGUUCCGCAGUCUUCCUCGCCGCCAUCAGCAGCUCCUCUCUGGCUUCCUGGAUAAGCUGGCUGAGAUCCGCCGUUGCAUGGAGUGUAACCACGAAGUCCUGCAGGCCAUCGUCCAGAACUGCACACACAUGUUCGAGAACAUGGAGUAUGACGAGGAUGUAGGUGAAUCCCAGGACAACAUGAGGAGAGCCGGGCCAUGUUCCACGUUCGACAUGGACAAGCUGAAGUCCACCAUUAAGCAGUUUGUGCGGGACUGGAGCGAAGCAGGCAAAGCGGAGAGAGAUUCCUGCUACAUGCCCAUCAUUGAGGAGAUACAAAAACAGUUUCCUCCUGAAAAGUGUGACGUCUCCGAGGUGAGGGUGCUGGUGCCUGGAGCUGGUCUGGGCCGUCUAGCCUGGGAAAUCGCCUGCCUCGGUUACUCCUGCCAGGGGAAUGAGUGGAGCUUCUUCAUGCUUUUCUCUUCCAACUUCGUCCUUAACAGGUGCGAGGAGGAGAACGCUAUGACCCUGUAUCCUUGGAUUCACCAGUUCAGCAACAACAAGAUGUCUGGAGACCAGACGAGAGCUGUGACCUUCCCGGAUAUUAACCCCCACAGUCUCCCGCCCGAUUCCGACUUCUCCAUGACUGCCGGUGAUUUCCUGGAAGUCUAUACGGAGUCGAAUACGUGGGAUUGCGUCGCCACCUGCUUCUUCAUCGACACCGCCCACAACGUCCUUGAAUAUAUAGAGACCAUCUGGAAUAUUCUCAAACCUGGUGGAGUGUGGGUCAAUCUGGGGCCUCUUCUGUACCACUUCGAGAACAUGGCCAAUGAACUGUCCAUCGAGCUUAGCUACGAGGAAAUGAAGGACGCCAUCAUGAAAUGCGGCUUUCAGCUUGAGGUGGAGAGAGAGUCCGUGCUCACUACGUACACGGAGAACGAGCGCUCUAUGCUCAAGUACUUGUACGACUGUGUGUUCUUCGUGGCGCGGAAACCUGCUGCGCUGCACUCCAACUCCCACUGUAAAGACAUAAAGACGAGUAACUGUAAAGAGCUAAACAACUCUGUACAGAAAACUACAACAACGUGACCUCAAAGACCAGGGCCUUCAGACAUUUAGCCAUUUUAAUAUCUCAAAUAUUGGAUUAGACCCUGUUCCCUUUUGCACGUUUUUUUGUGUUUCAGUACCUUAAAAAAAAAAAACACACCUUUGUCGACUUCGCCUCAGGAUGCAGGUUACUCGUGGCCACUGAUAUUACAAGAGAAUGAAGCUGAUAGCCUGGAGAUAGAUAGAUAUAGAUAUAUAUAAUAUAAUAUAAUAUAAUAUAAUAUAAUAUAAUAUAGUACAGUAUAGUAUUGUAUACUAUACUAUACUAUACUAUACUAUACUGCACUGCACUGCACUGCACUGCACUGCACUGCACCUGGUCACUGAUGUCUCUGUCUGGUGUGUUUGGGAUUUGAACUUCUGAUGGGAGAUGUCCUGAUUGACUGCUCGUCUGCUUGACCUCAUUUGAUGGGAAUUGAGAUGAGGGGAAAUGGUGAGGCCAAGUCGACAAGAGUGUGUUAAACAGCAUUGGGAUGCCAAAACAAAAUCCAUGAAGGACAUCUGGGUACUGUAUGUAAGCAGCAAUUAUAGCAUUGAUCUAGGAUACAUUGCUCAAACCAUCUAAGUAAGACUGCUUUUUACUCAGUAAUGCUGUACUUUGUCAAUUUAUCACACCUUCUUUAAGACAAUAAUGGAUAAAAAAAAAUAUAUGCUUUGAAGUUUGAGUUUUAACCCAGUAAGUGUACAUCUUGGUACUGUAUAUAAAUCAGCACAUUUAGCACACAAGGCCUGGCCUUUAUACGUUACACAUCACAGCUAACCUUACACUUUAUGUUAAAGCAACUCGCUAUUGCAGCUGAUUUCCCAGUGUGAAAACUUUACUGAUAAACUGGCGUAUGAAUGCAAUGCAUUACAGGAACACAUCACAAUCCACUGGCCACUGACAUUAUGCUUUAUGUGCCCUGUAUCUGUAGAUCUACCUUUCAAAAAAACUUUAGCUCCAACCAUAAUGGUGCCCACCUGACUAUCUGAUCACUGCCUUAAGAUGUUCUUGAUCAACUAAAAUCAACUCUAAGGGUGCUUUAACAUUUACAGAAUUUAGUCAGUUUGAACGGAACCCUGGUACAGUUCUUUAGGCAGGUGCACUAGAGCAUCGCACUAUGGUGUGGACUAAUAUACGUUAUAUGGCCAAAAGUAGGUCCACCAGACUCAUAUGUGCUUUUGAGAGCAUCCUGUUCCAGAUUUAUUCCCACCUUUGCUGUUAUAAUAAGCUCCACUCUUCUGGGAAAGCUUUCAACUAGAUUUUGGAGCGUGGCUGCGGGGAUUUAUGCUCAUUCAGCCACACAAGCAUUAGUGAGGCCAGGCGCUGAUGUUGGGUGAGGAGGUCUGGGUUCCAGUUAAUCCCAAAGGUGUUCAGUGGGGUUGAGGUCAGGGCUCUGUGCAGAACACUCGAGUUCUUUUACUGCAACCUUGGCAAACCAUGUCUUUAUGGAGCUCGCAUUGUGCACGUGGGCAUUGCAUCAUGCAGGAACGGGUUUGGGCCUCGUAGUUCCAUUGAAGUGAAAUUUUAACGCUACAGCAUACAAAGACAUUCUAAAUAGUUGUGUACUUUCAACUUUGUGGCAACAGUUUGGGGAAGAACCGUACAUCGGUGUGAUGGUCAGUCAAACAUGUAUAUGUAUUUUGGGUGGUUUGCAGCUUUUUUUUCGUAGAUGUAAGCUGCUAAACUGAGCCAAAGGACAGAGCUGUGGUGCUACAGAAAUUUGGUCUGAUGGUCACAAAAAAAAACCCAGAAUAUAAAUGUGAUACACAAAAUGUUUUAAAGUAGUUAUUGCAUGAUUAUCAAAUGAGUUAUAGAGCACCAGAUAUGUAUUCUUUGUUCUUGGGUGAUUUUUGGGAUUUGUACUUGCACUUGGUGAAGGGUUGAUGACCUUUUUCCAUUGCUGUAUUUCUGACCGACGGAAAGAUUUUUUUACAUGGAUUUAUAUUUUGAGCCCCAUGUGUCAGUCAGCCAGUUACUGAACCAUAUAUCAAAUUCGCUCUGAUUCACACUUAUGAGUCUUUUCAACAAACUUUUAGAUAAUUCUGUAUAAAUGGGCAGGUGGGUCGAUAUAAAUGGGCAGGCGUAUCGGUCCGCACCCGAGUCUGUUCUCACUGAGGAGGAACACGUAUCAGGGCUCCGUUGUGUAUGUGAAAGAAACCAACCUAAAAUAACACCCAUGAAAGUGUGUUAGAAUGCUGGUGAUGUGUUGAGAGCUUGCUUAAAAUCGUGGACAUUUAUGUGCGAACACUAAUGAGACAUGAACGCCCAUGAAACACAACAUGAAAGCUUAAUGUAACUGUUAGAUGUCCACACAGUGCUUCAGUAUUUUAUAACCUCAGUGAUUCACUUACCGUUGAUCUGAACAAUCUCACCUAAAAUCUCAUUAUUGUGUUGAUUUAAUUAUUUUAUUUUUUUUUACUGAUCUUCAGACAGGAGAGUAUUCAGAGCUGCUCCACAUUGCAAGAGGAAACUCAGCCAAAUAUGUUGUAAUUUUAGUUAUUUAUUUUUCACAUUUCUGUCUCUUUUACCACUGGAUGAUUGUUGCCUUGAGAAUAUUUUUGGCUGUCUAAAUUGGAAACAGUUUACACAGAACUAGACAUAAGUUGUUUUAAACUUACUGUAGAAUUGUGUUUUUUUUAUUAUUACAAUAAAGGCAUUUUCUUUCUUUUCCAAAAUGUGAAAUAAAUGAUUGAAUGCUG